AUUUAUCCGUGUGGAAGAAAAAGAAGCACUCACUCACACACUCACUCACUCACUCGCCACGACGACGACGACGACGACGACUUCAUGGACUCCGACGACGACCUCCACCGCCUGUUAUUGGAGCAACGCCGUGAGCUCGCCACGGCUGAGGCCAUCGACUCCGAUCUCGAAUUCGCAUACCGACUACAGCUUGAAGAAGCUCUCGCCGCCUCCCUCGCUUCCCUCCCCUCCUCUUCCUCCCCGCAACCACCACCACCACCACCACCAACCAACGAUGACAAAAACGACGCUGUUUUGAACGCCACAACGCUCCAGGCGCAAGAACUCGCGAGGGUUGAGCAAGAACUUCGCGACCGCCACCUCAGCGAGGCUGAGGCCCGCAAAACGAGUCUCGAUCUCAACCGUCGCGUCCACGAUCAGAAAGUCGCCAUCGAAAUUCUUAGAAUGCCCGAAGAUGAUUGGGUCGAAUGGGGCGAUAACUUCGAGAAACCCUUCUUCUUCGGGGAGGGUUCUUCUUCUUCUUCGUCGACGAAGAAGAAGAAUACUGGGAAGGGCAAUUUGGAAACGGACGAAGGCGAUGAUGGUGCGGUUUUUAGGGUUUACUUUAAGGGUUUGGUGAGCAAAGACGAGAAGUUGAAAAACGGAGAGAAGGUUCUGUUGGCUGGGAUUGGGGUUGCGAUUUGUGAUCCUGAAGAUAACUUGAUUCUUGAGGUGCGAAAGCCACUCAUUGGGUGUGGAACGAGCAAGAUUGCUGCUGAUCUUAAGGCUUUGAUCGAAGGCUUGAAUGCUGCGUUCGCUUUGGACUUGAAGCGUGUUCAGUUCUUCUGCGAUUACUAUCCAAUCUUCCAAUUCGUUAGGGGAAGAUGGCCUGUGAAACAGCGGAAGGUUGCUUUGCUAGUCAAUCAGGUGAAUGUGCUACGGAGAAAAUUUACUUACUGUGCUCCAAUGCUUCUAGCAAGACAUGAUGUCAAGUAUGCAUUUAAGCUUGCAAGAGAGGCAAUCGUUUCUCAAUUGACAGCGCCUGCGGACUCUAACGGUAUGAAGAAUCUGAAUGAAACUUGUGUCAUAUGUUUGGAGGAUACCGAUGGCAAUAACUUUUUUUCGGUUGAUGGCUGUCAACACCGGUAUUGCUUUUCUUGCAUGAGACAACAUGUGGAGGUGAAGUUGCUUCAUGGGAUGGUGCCAAAAUGCCCUCAUGAAGGAUGCAAUUCCGAGCUUCAAGUUGACAGCUGCAAGAAAUUCUUGACAAAUAAAUUAAUUGAGACCAUGCAACUGCGAAAGUUGGAAGCUUCAAUUCCAGUUACUGAGAAAGUUUAUUGUCCCUAUCCACGAUGCUCUGCUUUGAUGUCAAAAACUGAGCUUUUUGAGUACUCCAAAAAUCUUAUUGGUGAUUUUGAACAAUCAGGACCUAAGAAAUGUAUAAAAUGCCAUGGUCUCUUCUGUUUUACUUGCAAGGUCCCUUGGCAUAGUGGCAUGAAAUGCUAUGAUUACAAAAGGUUGAAUCCUAACCCUCCUGCUGAAGAUUUGAAGCUAAAGUUUCUGGCAUCCAGGAGUCUAUGGCGCCAGUGCGUGAAAUGUAACCAUAUGAUUGAACUCGCUGAAGGCUGCUAUCACAUGACUUGCAGAUGUGGCUAUGAAUUCUGCUACAACUGUGGAGCUGAGUGGAAGAACAAGAAAGCAACGUGUUCUUGCCCACUUUGGGCUGAGGACAAUAUUUGGUUCGAGGAUCAUGCGAGGGACUCGGACGAAGAAGAAGAAGAGGAGGAGGAAGAUGACGAAUUUUUUGACUCUGAUUAUUCAGAUGAUGAAUAUUACUAAUAUGUGCCUUCUAGUGCUAGGUCAAUUGUUUUGUGGUGUGAUCUCUGCAUUUCUCAAAUAGUAAUUUCAUCUGCCUAAUCCUCCCUUUUUCUGGUAUUAAUUUGUAAAUUUUUGGAGCUGACUCACAUAUUCUCAAACUGAAUCAGUCGGAUUUCGGAAAGAAAACAAAAAAUUACUUGCACAUACCUGACUAGCAAAGUGUGAAUAGUCUAUGGAAACCGGUGGGAGGAUUUAGUAAUGUUUGAUUCAAAUUUGUAUACUCUCUUCUUUUUUAAUUUAUCAUAAUCAGUUUUAUAGGUGCUAUAAUUUAUUAAUUUUACCUAUAAUUAACGCUACAAAAAUUGAAAAUGACAUGUUGGUAGAGUAGAGCCCAUGUUGCAUACUGGGCUCCUUUAAAGGUGCAACGAAUUUCCAACCUCUUGUGGCGUAUUGGACCUUUCAUAAGGUCAUGUCAUAUUUCCCUGCCCCACUUUGCUAUGCCAUAAGGUUAUGCCUAAGCUAGGACAUAUGGACAUCAAUGUUAAUGUGCCCUGUUGUGAUUUGUGAGCAUCACUUUUCAAUUACUGUUGCAUGCAUAUGCAC